UGUAAAUUAAGAUGUCAACAAAUAAUAGCGCAUAAAUCAAAAUAUCAGUUGCUUCUUUCACUUCAGAAAAAUCUAUCACAAGAUAUGUUAUAGCUGUGGAAUGCAGCAAUCAGAAGAAAUGGGAAAUAUUAAAAAGGUAUAAUAAUCAUUCUUCAAUUACAGAUAUUCGGAAGUUGAAGAUAUCCAUAACAGAUUACAAGAAUUAUUUAAUGAUCUACCUUAAUUUCCAAAAAAAUAGCUAUUUCAUCUGAAUAGAAGUGAAAUUGAGUUCAGAAUGCAAUAAUUAGAUGAUUAUCUAAAUUAAUUAUUGAGCAGAAGAGAAAUCUUAAACUCAGCUAUAUUAAGAGACUUUUUAAUAGUAAUAUAUUUGUCCUAAACAGCUUGAUCAAUAUGAUGAAUUCUUACAUCCCGUUCAAGUAUAAUGCAGGAUUCUAAAUAUGAGUUUGAAGGACAUACAUGAGAAUGAUAACAUCACUCUAUUAUUGUUAUAUGACUCUAGUAUGAUGGCUAGAAUAGAUACUUACAUAAAUAAUAUUUUGGAAUCGAAAAAACAAUCUCCUAUAAGUACAUUGAUUUGCUUUAGUCAGAAUGAUUUUAAAUAGAAAAUAUUUAGUAAAGAAUACUUAAAGGCAUUAACCUGUAUGAGUUUUAAUAAUACAGAAAACGCAUUUGCUGUUGGGUAUAUCGAUAAUUUUUAUUUUAUAGACUUUCAUCAGGAUUAGUGUAUUAUUACAGAUUAGACGAAAAGUACGCAAUUGAUAUGGAAGAACAAUUCUAGCUCGCUUAAUCUAAAAUUUCAGGGUGUGUAUUAAUUUAAAGAGAGAUAUAUGCAAUAACAAAUAAUUUAUUGAAAAUACAAAAUACUAAAAAAAUAUAGGAAUAAUAAGAAAUUCCAAUUGGCUCAUAGGAAUUAACUAAUAUCAUUUAUAAUUCCACCAGGAAUCUUGUGGUUAUUGCUAACAAUGUAGGAGAAAUCUAUUUAUGUUAAGUGCCAUUUGUAAAAAUAGGACUCAAGGUCUCAACUCAGUCUACUCAAAUUAUUUAGUUAUUGAUAGAUAACGAAAGAAAUUAUUUAAUGGCUUUGAAUCAUGAUCCUAGUCAUAUAAUUAUUUUUGAUUUUGCAAAAGGACUUUAAAAUGGGUAUGCAUAAAUAAAGACAAAUAUUGAAAUAAAAAAUAAGGUAAGUAAAUAUUUAAAUUUAGAGCUUAUGCUUUGAAUGGUCAAAGAAAAGGGGAGAGAUAUUCAUAGGGAAUGAGGAUGGUACAAUAUCAAUUUGGCAUGUAUAAGAUUUAUAACCAUUUUGUAUGUUUAAUAUGCUAAUUAGAUGUAUUUAAGGCUCAUUCUAAAAAAGUAAACAAGAUUAUUUGGAAUGAAAAUAAAUCAUUUCUCCUGACCGGUAGUGAUGAUGAAUCCUUAAAGUAAUGGUAUUUGCCAAAGAAAUGGAGAAUUGGUCAAGCCGACAAUUUCUCAACUUUUUGAUUUAUAUUAUUUUAAAUUGCAUGUUAUCUAUAAAUA